AUGGGAGACAAGCCAAUUUGGGAGCACAUUGGAUCCAGCUUUAUUCAGCAUUACUACCAAUUAUUUGAUAACGACAGAACCCAGCUAGGUGCAAUUUACAUUGAUGCAUCAUGCCUUAUGUGGGAAGGACAGCAGUUCCAGGGGAAAGCUGCCAUUGUGGAGAAGUUGUCUAGCCUUCCGUUCCAGAAAAUCCAGCAUAAUAUCACGGCGCAGGACCAUCAGCCUACACCAGAUAGCUGUAUCAUCAGCAUGGUUGUAGGCCAGCUCAAGGCCGAUGAAGAUCCCAUCAUGGGUUUCCACCAGAUGUUUCUAUUAAAGAACAUCAACGACGCUUGGGUUUGCACCAAUGACAUGUUCAGGCUUGCCCUGCACAACUUUGGCUGA